GACGACGUCAGUUCAAAUCGGAGCGACGCACGAGCCGAGCGCUCCGCUGCGUCACGCGCUCGCCUCGCGAACCAACCCUUAAACGUAGCCCGAGUCGCCGCGACCGCCGAUCUCGAGUUUUUCGGCCCCCCGUCAAAAAGUUUAUCGACCCUACGUCGCUAUAACAACCCUUAUUCUUUUCCAUUCAGUCGGUCGCUCCCUCUAAUUAUGGACUCCCCCUGAACUUUGUGAAAUCCUCUCCACUUUUUAUUGCUUUAUUAUUUUUAUUAUUAUACGACUUCUCGUGUUACGAUCUGUUUUUGGAUCCGUACAUAAAGUAUAGGAAGCUGUGGAUCGGUUUGUGGAACAGUUUUGCAUCGCCGUUAUCUGUAAUCAGGUCAAUUAGGCGUAUCCUAACCAUGACACUGCGUUGACAUUGCCGUGCCCGUGUGUAUACAGUGGAUGUGAGUGCCCACGGACUGAGGAGCGGCCCGGUGCAUGGUGGCGUGAGGGCCCGCCGCAGCGGAUGUGCACACCGCUGCCGACUUGGUGGUUCGUGCCGGCUGGAAUGCCAGCUGCUCUUGACCUAACUAGGUACAAGAGCGGGGUGCGCUCAGUGAGGGGCGGCGGGCCCGGCGGCGCGGAGGAGGCGCGGCGCGGCGGCCUCAAGGCGCUGCCGAAGCGCGCCCGCACUCGCUGCAGGGGCAUGAACAUGGGGCAAAAGCUCUCCGGCGGAGUCAAGUCGGUGUCGCGCGAUUGCACGGCGCCGUUCAAGGCGGUGGUGGCGCGCGAGCUGGCGCCCGAGCCGCCGCGCCCCGCGCGCCUCGACGCGCUGCUCGACGCGCCGCCCGCGCACCCCGACACGCAGGUCAAGCACGCGUGGAACCCUGACGACCGAUCACUAAACAUAUUCGUAAAAGAGGAGGACGCGUUAACGUUCCACCGGCACCCGGUAGCGCAGAGCACCGACUGCAUCCGCGGGCGCGUCGGCUACUCGCGCGGGCUGCACUGCUGGGAGGUGGUGUGGCCGGCGCGGCAGCGCGGCACGCACGCCGUGGUCGGUGUGGCCACCGCACACGCGCCGCUGCACUCCGUCGGCUACCAGAGCCUGGUGGGCGCUACCGACCAAAGCUGGGGGUGGGAUCUCGGGAGAAAUAAGGUGUACCACAACGCGAAGGGCACGGGCAGCAGCGGCGCCACGUACCCCGCGCUGCUGCGGCCCGACGAGCAGUUCCUGGUGCCCGACCGGCUGCUGGUGGUGCUGGACAUGGACGAGGGCACGCUGGCCUUCUGCGCCGACGGGCGCUACCUGGGCGUGGCGGCGCGCGGCCUGCGCGGCAAGACGCUGUACCCCAUCGUGUCCGCCGUGUGGGGACACGCCGAGAUCACCAUGAAGUACAUCGGCGGGCUCGACCCCGAGCCGCUCCCGCUGAUGGAGCUGUGCAGGCGCGUCAUCCGGCAGCGCGUCGGGCGCGCGCGGCUCCGCGCCGCCGCCUCCCGCCUCGCGCUGCCGCCCGCGCUCACCGCCUACCUGCUGUACCGCGCGCCCUAGCGCCCGCACCCGCCACCCCACCCCCCGCACCCCCCGCGCGCGCCGCUGCGGCUGUGCGUCGCGGAGCUGCUCCUCUCCGACGGGUGGCCGAGUCCCGCCCCGCGCCUCGCGCUCUAGCCUCGGCUACUUCGAACCGCUCCAUCAGCCGCUACGAUGUCUCCACCUCGAACUCUCUUCGGUAUUAUUUGUAAAGGUGAACGCACACUUGGUGUAGCGAUACACCGACAACACGCUCGUGAUGUUGUUUUAAUUGCCCCUGACACACAAAGUUCCGCGAGUCUGGUGUGUUAAUGGACUAAUAGUUCCAUUGCCUUAGUUUAGUGUUGCUACACUUAUCUGAGGCAAACGCGUGCAACGAAACGAAUUUUAGAACUGUCUAUAUGAAAGGUUCAGAAUUUUGUAUAUCGAAUACAGAUUCGGACGAUUCGACACAGGAAGGUUGCAAAGUUUCAUAUGUAGAAAUUUAAAAUUCGAUUCGUUCAGCUCGGACAAGGUAGGUUCACCUUUAUGGUGCGUUUACACUUGCGUACAAAGCGACAAAACACUCGCACGUACAUGUAAAUAGGCUGUUUGCAGACCUGCUCGGCGUGCAUGUAAACGUACCAUAAGCUUUCAUUGAUCUUAGCGCAGAGUUGAAGCAAAACGAAGUAUAUUGAACUCUAUCUGUAUAAUAUAUUCACGUACAAAAGUUGGUCCAUUUUGUAUAAAGUCUAUGGUAACAGGGAAAUUAAUUAAUAAGCGGAUAGAUAUCCUUUUGACGGCUAGGAUAAUAAUAAUAUCCUAGAAAACAGGAUUGAUUUUUUUUUUAUUGUUGACAAGUUUGAUUUUAUUUAUAUUGAAUCCCUGUAUUUCACAUAGACCUGAUCUGAAACGGACCAUCUCCAUUGUGUUGAGUAAAAGAUGCGUAUCCGCUAGCGUAAAAGUCAAACUAAUUUGUAUCUAAAUGAACUGUGAUAGAGAUCAAUAUACUAUAACAAAUAAUAAAAAAAAAAACACGUCGCGAUUCGCUUCGAAUCUGCGCCAAUUUGAAAGAGAGCUAAAGGUCACACCACAUUAUGAACACUGCAGCGGAAUGAGGCGAAUAUGUUCUUUGUGCAGUACCUUUCUGCAUUUUAAUUAAGAAACAAUAGACAUAACAUUUCUUAUGUCGCGCCUCUUUACUGCAAUACCUUGUCUUUAGUGUGGUUUUACCCUUACGAUGGUCUCGGACUGACGAGGUCAGGCGUGGAUUGGAUGAACAAUUAGGAAUUUAUGUAUGAUCUCUCGAUCUACCAUACAUUCGCUGUGAAAGUUCACUCAAUUCAACGUACUUCCAUUCAACCCACGCCUCCCCUCGCCUUUUUGAAACGUUUAUUCUUCCUUUAAGUUAGCAUUUAGCAACGCUGGACUGUACUUCUUCAUAAUAAUUUAUCACCGAAUGACUCAACAUACAUUACUAGUAAGAUAGUGUAUCAAGAAACAUAAGAGAAACAUUGGGCGGUGUAGAAACCAAAGUUCUUAUAUAAAAUUAGAUUCCUAUCUAAAAAAAGAAUUUUAAAAAAUUAACACACUGCGAUCACUUAUUUUUUACGGAAAUUUCAACGAACGAAUGUAUAAAAUUGGCAAAUGUAAAUUUAAAUACAUUACAUGUAAAUUUUCGCUAUUGAAGCAUGUUCACACAAUUAGAAGGGAAUUCUGAGGUGCUUUUUCCUUGUGUUGCGUGAAAUUUGAGGCCAUUUUAAAUAUUGAGUCAUUAUUAUUUGUUUUUAAGGACGAAAUAACAAAAUAUGUUCCUACAAAAGGUUAUCUGUUUCUGAAAUCCCUUUCAGUAUCUCAGCGUAGUGUCUUGUACUACUUCUAUAUAUCUUAUAUUCUCCCAAUCUUCUUGUUCGGGGUACUUUGUCUGUGUAAGCAUACAGAGCAAUGAAAUGAAACCUUGCUUCCAAAACCUAGUUGUAGAAUGUGAAACUUCCAAUACAAUUAUGAGCAACAUUAUGAUUAUUCCAAUGAUGUAUUUGUAACAAAAACGCGUAAUUAUAGUUCCAUUGUGUACCGUGUUUAGGUGUUCUUAUUUAGGGCCCUCGCAGACUGCAGAUUGAACGACAGAUCGGUUUCUCAAAGAAUGAUGGAAAUUAUGUAACAUUUGAUAUUGGUUGAUAGAAAAUCGUAAUUAGCUUCCAUUUUAAACUAAUCUUAUAAAUAUAUGUCCAAAAACUACUAUUUUAACAGGUUUUUUAUCAUAUUUAAAUCCGAAAGUCUGCCGUCUGAGUGAGCUCUCAAUGCAUUACAUAUUAUUCCGAUGUGAAGAUUAUUAUGAUUUAUUUUUGCACUAUCUGUGAUAUUUAUAUUUUAAAGGAAACACCAGCAUUUUUGUAUGUGAAAAUACUGUUACAUUUGUAUCGAAUACAUACCAUAAGGAAUUUGUAGAUGUCAUACAAUCAUGUGGACGGGUUGACUGUAAUUGUGACGGUUGAAAGCGGUUGGGCGUUUAAUUGGUACUAUUCCGUUACCGACAUUAUCAUGUUAUGGACGUUUUAUAUAUUACGAUGAUAUUUAUAUAAGUUGAACGUGGGCAGUAAAAUGAUGACCAAAAUUUUUUUUUUGUGUUGACUUUUGGAUCAGUGUGUGAGCCGAUUUUGAUAGCCAUAUGAUCUCUUAUCGAAUAUGAAUAUCUGCAUUGAACACAACCUAGUCACUGCAGAACGUCGUAUUUAACUUGUUAAGAAAUAUUUUAGAUCAGCAGCAAUAUAUACAUACUCACGAGCCACUGUGACUUCGAUAUCUCGUGGAUCGAGGACUGCCGUAGCUAGACUUACCUCAUUUUAUCAAUGCUUAAAGUUUACUGUGAUGGCUUUAGUUGGUUUAGGACCAGCAGGCUAAUCACUAACUUUGACAUAUGUUAGUUGACAUAUACAAAAUUGAGAUUCUAUGACAACCCUUAGUGGAUAUCGUUUAUAGUAGGUAGAUGGCAUUUCUUAGUUGAUUGGAUGUUUAUUGUAAUAGGUUGUUAAUAAAGACCAAAUUAGGGAAUAGGACAGCAGGAGGCUAUUCUGUAACUAUGUAUUGUAUAACUCUGAUUUACCGCUAUCUUUCUCUUUCUUUAGUAUCGAGUUAGACAGAGAGAUAGGUCCAUUCGACUCGCAAUUGAGAGUUAUACAAAACCAUCAUAAUAGACCUCCUGCACUCUUAAAACCUGUUACCUUCCAAAGCUUUUUUGGUUGGUGGGAGGCUUCGGCUGUGGCUAGCUACCAUCCUACCGACAAAGACAUACGCUCCGGUACGAUGUCGAGUGGAAACCGAAUGGGGUGUGGAUUUUCAUUCUCCUCCUAACAAGUUAUUACUAUCCGGGUGAGAUUACAGUCAAGGGUUAACUUGUAAAGAAUGAAAAAAAAAGCUUUAUAAAAUGAGGUAUGUCUAGGUAUCGCAGGCUUUCGUUCUACAACGUUAGGAUGCGAUAGUUGUCACGGGUGGCGCCGCUCGUGUCUAGGCCAGUGUAUCGUUGGCAAACUUACGUACUACUUUAUAGCUCAUUAAGUGACUGGUUUAUUUUUUAGUUUAGGAUAUUAAUUCCUAUUGUAAAAACGUGUGAUGUGUGUGAUGUGUACAUAAAUAUAAUAAUGAUGACAUGCGUUAUUUUGGAAUCAUUUAGACUAAACCGUGUAGGGAGGGCCUUUGUGAUGUAUUUUCAGAAGCGGUGACGUAGACAUAGACCAAAUGUUAUGGGGUACCCCAGUGAAAUGAUGGGGUCAACUUCUGAAUGAGAAAAAUCUCGAAUACGCCUUGAUUUUUGUGUUCUAAAAGUUGUCUCAAAAGUCUCAUUAAAUCUCGUGUCUGCAUCUUAAGUUGUUAUAGGGUGUAUAACAUAUUUCACUGGGGUAUAGUAUGGAAUUGUUGCGCCAUUUGUCGCAAGUAUAAUUGAUCUAUGACUGCACCACUUUGCUAUGGAAAUAUGCAAGACUUUGGACUCAUAUUUAUGUCAGAGCAGUUGACUUUUAACUAGUGCUUACGAACGGAACAUAUAAAAACUAGUUUUUAAGUCAAUCGCGGAAAAUUCUACUGCUUCCAUAGUGUAUAGACGAUGCCUUACACCACAAACGAAAUGAGCCAGUAUUUUAUGUAACUGCAUGUAUUGCAAUGCUAUGUGAAAAUUGAACUUAUUUGCCUAGCAUAGUGAACGGUAUUGGAAUGCAUACAGGACACAUAAUAUAAGAAAAGUUUGUUAAAACAUCUGCUUUUUACCAAAUAAUGUUUUUCUGGCUUUGUAAUAAAAUUCCAAUAGUUUUGGGUGUGAAAUGUCUUUAAUGGAGGCUGGAAAAAUCUAAUAGAUGUGGACUUACAUAAUAAACUAUCAUGUGUUAUUGUAACUUACAGACUACUCAUGAAGCAAUACAAAAAUGUAAGUGCACUCGUAUUUUAAAGACAAAUCCCACGUGUGCAACGGAAAUUAUUUUAUUACCAUAAGUAUCAGACUAAAGUGUUUUUCAGAUAGCAUGGGUAUGGUGACAGUCGCCUGUAUGACGUACUAUUAUCAUGAAUCGCGGCAAACUUUCAACAGUGAUACUGACUGUCACCCGCACCAUCCUACAUGAUACUGUAAGGCUAUUUACGUGAGCCACUUUUGCACCUAUGCCGAUCUAGAUUUCAUAGGUCAAUGUCGGUCAAGGUUGGUUGAACUUGAGAUUGCAUUUCGUACGAUAGCCAUGUCUUGAAAAUAAAUAUGCUUUAUUCGUUGCAUACGCGAAUUGUCUGAAGAAGUCCACCUGCAUUCAUUUUUUUUUUGUCAGAAACUCAGGUCUAAUGUAAAAAUCCCGCCAAUCUAACAACACAAGGCACGAUACUCUUUACUAACAAAAGGCUGCUUCCGAUUUUAUUUAAAGAUGUCUUCUUAGUUUUAGGGAUCUCUAGAACAUUUUGUACACCUAAUUACUAAUUUAAUUUUUCGUGAGUAGCUUCAUCUCAAUGAGACGUUCAACUUUUUUUAUUUACUAAAAUUCUUGAUUCUGGUAGCUAACUGAGUUACAAGGUCAAGAAUUUUUCAUUACCUGGUAACUCAGUUAGCUACCAGAAUCAAGAAUUUUCAUAAAUAAAAAGUUGAUCGUCUAGUAUCGAUCGAUCGUACAAAAUGUUCUAGGGAUCCGUGACUAUUUUUGUUUAUUCGCUAUACAAAUCUGCCUUAACAAUAACCACCUGUCACAGAAAUAUAUUUCGUGUAAGUAACUCAUUUCGUAUUAAUCUCUUCGUCUUGUGACGUUAGACUAUUAGGUGUAAUAAUUGUAAAGCAAUACGUUUUUGAGAAUAGUAUUUCCAAAGCACCCGUUUUCUAUAUGAAAUACGUCAGCCAUUUUUAACGCAAAUUAGUUGUAUAUUGAAAAAAAAUAUGUAAAAUAAGUACUUCCAUUUCAAUAAGUUUGAUUUUUUGUAUGUAGAGUAUACGGCAUGUAGACAUCUCGCGUCUCGCUGUCACGCCGUCGGUAUUCACAUGUCGUCUCUAGCUUUAUAUGAUUACAGGAUCUAAUUGGUUUGACGUUGGAUAUAAACAUAAUAGUGUAUUGUUUUGUACAUUAAAUGAGGGGUUUCAUGUGAAUAUUAAUGUGUGUGAAGUAACUAUGAUAAACUGCCAAAUGCGACAUGUGUGCGAUUGUGUGUGUGAACGAACUGCGAAUGAAUGACAACGAGCGACGAAUGAAUGGCGGGAGAGUGGCGAUGUAUGAUGAGUGAAUGUUUGUUGUGUAAGAGAUAGAUUCAUUAAUAUUAACAUAAAAAUACACCAAGCUCGAUGUACUAUUGACGUGUAAAUGCCCUUUGGAAUGAGCUCCGAGAGAUGGAUUCAUAUUUUAAUGUAUUAUUUUAUGCCCAAAUUAGUGUUAACUUAUUUCAGAUCAUGAACAGAUAACAUAUUGGGGCUCAUUCAAAAGGGCGAGUAUGAUUAGCGAAUUAUCAUUUUUGUUUUUUAAUAAACCGUCUUAGUCCUGUAUAUAAAAUAUAAUUUUGCGACGUUUAUUGAAGGAAUUAUUGUAAGUGGAAAUUGCAUUUUAGUUUUAUAAGUAGUAGGCAAUAUUUUUAAAAAGUCAUUUCUAACAGACUACUGCGAUUAACGGCGGAAUCUCUUAGAUACAAAUGAUUUAAAAAAAAAUAGGAAAACGAUUGGAAUAAAUAUACUGGUUAAGAAAAUAAUAAAUGAUUAUGAAAUAAAA